AUGGCAGGCAAGGGUAAGACAGUCGUGAGGACGCUGGAGGAUUUAACGCUUGAUUCUGGUUAUGGUGGAGCCGCGGACUCGGUCAGGUCGUCCAGCGUGUCGCUGUGCUGCUCCGACACGCAUCAGUCCAUCUCGCAUGGGGGAAACUGCUGGCAUCUGACGGAAUCCAUGCACAGCAGACACAACAGUUUGGACACAGUCAACACCGUCCUGGCGGAGGACACGGAGAUACUGGAGUGCUCGGGUCACUGCGCCAAGCUGCCCGAGCUGGAGGAGGUGCCAUGGACCCUGGGCGAGGUGGAGGGUGCGCUGAGGAAAGACGAGGAGCUGAUGGUGGGCAACCCGCCACCGGAGGUCCUGGCGCGACUGUCGACUCUCAUUAGCCGCGCGCUGGUGAGGGUAGCCCGGGAGGCGCAGCGACUCAGCUUGCGCUACGCCAAGUGCACCAAGCACGAGAUCCAAAGCGCCAUCAAGGUGGUGCUCUCGUGGACCAUCUCCGUCAACUGCAUCACGGCGGCUCUGAGCGCCUUGUCCCUCUACAACAUGAGCACCGGGGACAAGUUCAGCCGAGGCAAGUCCGCGCGCUGCGGGCUGGUCUUCUCCGUGGGGAAGUUCUUCAGGUGGAUGGUGGAUAGUCGGGUGGCCCUCAGGAUCCACGAGCACGCUGCCAUAUACCUCACCGCCUGCAUGGAGAGUCUGUUCAGAGAGGUUUUCACCCGCGUCCUGCGCAGCGCGCUCGUGGAGAGGGACAACGGGAUCCCCAAGUUUACGCUGGAGUCAAUGGAGCAAGCCAUCUGCAACGACUCGGAGAUCUGGGGUCUGCUGCAGCCCUACCAGCACCUCAUAUGUGGCAAGAAUUCAAGUGGUGUGCUGAGCCUCCCGGAGAGUCUGAACCUGCACAGGGACCAGCAACGCUCGGGGAGGGGCAGUGAAGGUCACGGGUACACCCAAGCCGAGCUCCGGACCCUGGAGCAGUCGCUGCUCGCGACCCGAGUGGGCAGCAUUGCGGAGCUGAGUGAUUUGGUCUCCCGGGCUAUGCACCACCUCCAGCCGCUGCACAUCAAGAAUGCCAGCAACGGGACUCCGGUCCACCAGAAGGCCAACACCACAGUGCACUGGGAACCCGAAGCCCUCUAUACCCUGUGUUACUUCAUGCACUGCCCGCAGAUGGAGUGGGAAAACCCCAACGUAGAGCCAUCCAAAGUCACCUUACAAACUGAGAGGCCGUUCCUGGUGCUGCCCCCACUGAUGGAGUGGAUCCGGGUGGCUGUUGCCCACACUGAACAUCGACGGAGCUUCUCUGUGGACAGCGACGAUGUGAGGCAGGCUGCCAGGCUGCUGCUGCCCGGCGUGGACUGUGAACCCCGACAAAUAAAAGCCGAGGAUUGCUUCUGUGCCACCAGAAAGCUGGACGCGGCCUCCACAGAGGCCAAGUUCCUGCAGGAUCUGGGCUUCAGGAUGCUCAACUGCGGUCGGACGGACCUGGUCAAGCAGGCCGUGAACCUGCUGGGGCCCGAUGGCAUUAACAGCAUGAGCGAGCAGGGAAUGACCCCUCUCAUGUACGCCUGCGUUCGUGGUGAUGAGGCCAUGGUCCAGAUGCUUCUUGACGCCGGAGCAGACAUCAACAGCGAGGUGCCAAGCACAGUAAACAAGCACCCCUCAGUUUAUCCUGAAACGCGCCAGGGGACGCCACUCACUUUCGCCGUGUUACACGGACACGUCCCUGUCGUGCAGUUGUUGCUGGAUAAUAGAGCGAAUGUGGAGGGCGCCCUGCAGGAUGGGGCGGAGAACUACACAGAGACCCCACUUCAGCUGGCCGCCGCUGCAGGUAACUUCGAGCUGGUGAGUUUGCUUUUGGAAAGAGGGGCUGACCCCAUGAUUGGAACCAUGUGUCGAAACGGCAUCUCCUCCACCCCGCUGGGAGACAUGAACUCAUUCAGCCUGGCAGCAGCACAUGGCCACAGGAAUGUUUUUCGGAAGCUCCUGUCCCAUUCAGAGAAAGAAAAGGGGGAUGUGCUGUCCCUGGAGGAGAUUCUAGCUGAGGGUUCAGAUCCAGGGGAGAAGAGGUUGGCUCCCCAGGCCAACGGCGGAGGGACCCUGCGAACAGGAAAGGCCAGACUGAGGGCCCUGAGAGAGGCCAUGUACCAUAGCGCAGAGCACGGCCAUGUGGACAUCACCAUAGACAUCCGCAGCUUAGGUGUUCCCUGGACGCUGCACACCUGGCUCGAGUCCCUGCGUACCUGCUUCAUCCAGCACCGCCGACCGCUGAUCCAGGGCCUGCUCAAAGACUUCUGCUGCAUCCAGGAGGAGGAGUACACCGAGGAGCUGAUCACGCACGGCCUGCCACUCAUGUUCCAGAUCCUCCGAUCCAGCAAGAAUGAGGUGAUAAGUCAGCAGCUGUCAGUCAUUUUUACGCAGUGCUACGGGCCCUUCCCCAUCCCUAAGCUGACGGAGAUCAAGAAGAAGCAGACCUCGCGCUUAGACCCCCACUUCCUGAACAACAAGGAGAUGUCUGAUGUUACCUUCCUGGUGGAGGGAAAACCAUUUUAUGCACAUAAAGUUUUGCUGUUUACAGCUUCACCCAGGUUCAAGUCGCUGCUGCAAAACCGACCAGCAGCAGAAAACACCUGCAUUGAGAUCAGCCAUGUCAAGUACAAUAUUUUCCAUUUGGUGAUGCAGUAUUUGUACUGUGGAGGCACCGAGUCCCUGCACAUACGCAACACUGAAGUAAUGGAGCUCCUGUCUGCAGCCAAAUUCUUCCAACUAGAGGCCCUUCAGAGACACUGUGAGAUCAUCUGCUCCAAGAACAUCACCACCGAAACCUGUGUGGACCUCUACAAACACGCUAAGUUCCUUGGUGCCACGGAGCUGACGGCUUUCAUCGAGGGCUACUUCCUGAAGAACAUGGUGCUGCUGAUCGAACUCGAUGGCUUCAAGCAGCUCCUGUACGAACCUUCCCCCGCCGAGAGCCCCGUGUCCAGCCCCGGCAUCUGCUCCGACAUCCUCCACGACCUGGAGAAGACUCUGGCCACACGCAUCCACUCCAUCCACCUCUCCACCUCCAAGGGCUCCGUGGUGUGACGUCAUCCUCACCGGAGCCCUUCGAUCCAACCACAGCAUCCAUGUAACGCCACUUUUAGCAUCCAGCGUCCCGCUUUACUUCCCCGUUUUCCCCCGACCUGGCCCCCACCCCGCUGAUGAAGAGGAGCUGUCGGAUGUUUUUAAGUCAGGAAUUCCCUUUAAUUCUGCCUGUUGCAGCUCAAUGAGGGUUCAUGUUGUGACUUUCUGACCUUGAACUCUGUUGUCCUAGUGGCUCCCAUCGGUCACUUCACACCCUGAAGAGUAAUAAAAACCUACAAAAAAACAAAAACAAAAAAAACAGAACUGCCUUGACCCAACAGUAUCAUUUAGCUCUAACCGUGAUUCUAAAAAUUUCUAUUGUAUUUCAUAUAGGAUACGUGCAUGAAAUACAUAGGCUACUGUACACUGUUUUUCACUCGAAUAGGUAGAGUAGAAUUUUAACUCAAUAAAUGCAGCUUCGUUAUCAUCUGCGAAAUGAGACUGUGGUUUACAAACAAUAAUACUUUAUGGAAGUGGAUGCCAUUACACAUGCCAAAAUCUAGAUAUAAUCCUUCUAUACAACCAAUAAAAGUGAUUAGUAGCAAAGCCAGCAGGCGGACUUUUAGGUGGCACUUAUUUACAUUUCAUUCUGUCUCUUCUAUGUUGGAUUCACUGUGUUAUAUCUACUGUGUGCAGAGGCCAAACUGAUCACAGGAACUUCCACCGUGGCCGACACUGCGGCCGGCACUCAUUCGACUAAAGACGGCCCACUCAGUGAAAUCUAUGCUGACUUAUGCUUGAAACAUGGAUGCCCAACUGGGAAAUUAACUUGCGAUAACGCCCACGGACGACUCUUUUUUAAAAAAAAUUAUUGUUACUAUUAUUGCUAUUUUUUUUUUGCAUGACACCUUGUCAACUGAGCUGACCCCCCGGUGUUGCUUUUUAUGCAGAUAUUACUUCACGGACCACUUUCGCAGGGGGAAGUAAGGGGAAAACGCUGCUUGUUAACUUUGUAUCCACUGCAAAACGGAUCAAAAGCGGGAUUUGGAGAGGGGGGUUUCAAUUGGCAGGGACUUUCUCUUUAAAGAUGCUUAAAGUAAGCGUGUAAAUACAUUCUGAAAGUCAUCGUGCUGUUUUUUUGUUAUUGGGGGUUUUUUUUUUUGUAAGCUGAUGUACAGUAUCCCCGCCUCCCCUACACACACUCGCUUGGCUGCUGACACCAGUCUCAUUGAAUGUGCUCCCUGCUGUGUGUCUUGUUUAUGCAAAGUUGCAUGUUUACUCUGUUCGUAUGACUCCUCUGUUUUUGCUUUAGGUGUGCUUUCUGUGUAGACUGAGUAGGCUGAGUGAGGUGUUGAUGAUGUUGAAGAGGUUUUGCCUCAAAUUACUUGAGCUCUUUGAGAUAAUAUUCUAAGCCAUCGGGGUAGACCAUGAGAUGCAUGUUAAAGUCACUCUUUGUUUAAGGCUUCACCCCCACAUGAAUUCUUUGAAGGAGAGGCUGAAUCCUGCACAGAGCACUGAGUUUAUUAGAGGCACAAUUACCCUAUUUAUACCAGCCAUCUGUAUCUGGACACAUUCUCUCAAUGCAUAUGUGAUUUAUGGGUCUUUACAUUUACGACCGGUAUAAAAAUGCAUCCUCGUUAUCUCCACUCUGCCUGUAAUCAGUAUGGAAAUUAGUCAGACUUCUCAAAAAACAUGGCACGUCCCAGGUCAGGGUUCUGUUUAUUUGACUGAGCUGUUCCAUGAAGCAGCUCGGUAAAAUAAGACCUCCAAAUGUUGUGUGGUUUGGAUACAUGUUAAUUGCAAGUCUAAAUGGGAUAAAUGUAGACAAUGUUAUUUGACUUACUCAGCCACUUUAUCCAGUUCAACUGCUCAUUAAAUGUCUGAUGAGUCUCGAUUUCUGCUGCAACAUUCAGGUGGAAGGGUCAGAAUUUGGAGUAAACAACAGCACCUUGUUGUAUCUGUGAAAGCAGGUGUUCACCCCGAUAUUAGAAAGAUGUAUCUAAAGUGGCUGGUGAGGGUAAAUCUGUGAGUGCUGAGUUGUAAAAUUAGCUUCAAAUAAAUUUAGUAAAUCCAAACUAAAAGAGUAGAUUCCAUAAAACAACCUGAUGCAUCUGAUGUGUGAAAUUCCUCAAACUAAAAAAGAUGAAACAAGCACUUUUAGAGUUACAGCAGUGAUCCAGAAGGAUGCCAGCAUAAACCUCAUAAAUUUCAUGAUCAGAGCACCCACUCAAGAAUUUGUGUGGGCAGUCCUGUGGAAGAUACUGGGACUUCUGCAGUCGCUAUGCACGCAUCCUCCAAGUAGGCACGUGGGAUAUCUUUCCACAGCUUUCCAUGUGUGUUCAUAAUUAUGGACACCAACUGCUUUGUAUUUUCCUCUCUGGAAAUUAGUUUAAAAAGCAAAUGAAAAUGACACAUCUUUGAAAUACUAAAAAAAUGUUUUAAUUUGGUUUAAUUUAAUCAUCAUGAUAGAUUUAAAAACUGUGAAGAAAAAACAAGCCUGUAUUUUUUUUUUUUUUUUUUUUUUAAAACCUCUGAGGGAAACGUAACUAUGACUCCCAAGAAAAAUGAAGCGCAGUGUGCAGAUAAAAGCGGUUGAAAGCUAAAUUUAAGGUAAGGAGGAAAAUAAACGUUCCCUUUCUGAUGUUUUAAACAAACUCAGUAACUCUUUUUCUCUUCUUAGAGAUUAAUCAAAACAUUUCAAAAAUUUGCCUCUGAAUUUUUUCUCCACAGAAAUGUCAACUUUGGACCUUCACCAGGAAAGCACCAAAUUUUCAGAUUAAAAACUAAAGUUCUACCAAAUCUGAGGACAGUGUAAGUGGAAAACAAUUACGCAUAUCUACCAAUUUCAAAUAAAAGAUUACAAAGAUUAUUCUGAAUUUUUAUCAACACCCAAAACAUCUUCAGAAGGUCAGAAGAUGGUUUGGGGGUUGGAGGAUUUGGUUGACUGGUGGCUUUUAUGUAAAAGUGAAUUUUCUUAAUUCGCAUCCAAAAAAGUGGGAAUUUAAACUCAGUGCUCAAAGUGUGCAAUAAUUCAACCUUUUUAUCCCUGUGAUUGCAUCAAAUAACACAUCUCACUUCUAAAAGGACCAAAUGUAAACAACUGUCAGCUCUGCUGCUCAAAAGAACGUUUUAAUUUUACCCAUCCGAGGUAGCCGGUACCUCUCUCUAAGGAAAUCGCACACCACACAGUGCAUUUCAUGAAUGUAACAGUGCAGCAAACGUGCAAUGUUUUCCAGCGAGAAACCAAAAAAAAAAAGGAAACCAGAUGCUUCACUUUGGCUAAACAAUGCAAACAUCGUUCAAGUGUCCUCAUACUCUGUGGUGGUUGUUCCUCCUGUAAUCGGAAGAUAUCAUUUAAAAAACUGUAGCACGUUCCAAAAUAAUUGUCAUUUUAAGAGAGAGAGAUUUGGACAUAUAUGCACACACAUAUUGACACAAAGUUCUGUAAAUAGCUACAGGAAAGAAAGUACAGAUGUUAUCCUACAGCUUUAUUUUCUUACCUACAUACACGACAUGAUAUAUUUUAUUUUACAUUCCGCUGAUAUUUUGUUUUACAAAAGGGAAAAAGAAUAUGUAGAGAUAUAUAAAUAUAUUGAAAAAAGAUACUUUAAAGUUUUAAAAAUUAAGCAAUAUUUCCAUUAAAUUGUAUUACUUUCAGUGGUAUGAUGUGCAAUAUGCCACAGGAGAUGGAGUAUAAUGAGCUGAAAGACGAUUAUAUAUGAGUGACUGAGACUGAAACAGAAGGUUGAAUAUAUAUGAAUAUUAUUUCUGUCUCUUUUGUGACGCCCCUUCAUGGACUUUUUUGCCACCGUGGUGUUCAUUUUUACCCUGAACCCUUUGAGGAAGCUGACAGUCGUGAUGUCGACUCAACACACUCGCUUCUUAAAUGUGAAACGUAACUUUAAAAGAUGCAAGCCGUUUUUGUCUCCGCAGAGGUGAAAAGGUUCACAAUGAUGUCAAGCACUUUCUGUGCCAGUGUUACUGUAGCCUCUCUCUCAAUCAAAAAGCAUUAGUAUUUCAACUGUGAGCUUAAGUUUCAGUCUUAUUGUGAUUUUUAAAAGAAACAUAUAUGGCUUUGACAUUAGAAUAGAGAGAAAAAGCCUAAAUCCUUGUUUUUAAAUCUGUCUUAAUGUUACGCCAUUAGCAAAAGACUAACUUUAGCUUGCCCCUGUACUGGCGCCUUUGAUUCCAAACUGGGUCCAAGCUGUAGAGUAAGUGUCGGUUCGCAUGGCUCUUCUUGUUUAAUGUUGUUGAGAAUGUGCUCUGUACACCAGCUUCGUCCACCGAGACCCUCCCCUUUAUUUGUCCGAGCAUUUAUUUGCCUGCGUACUUGUUCCUAAUAAACGACACUUCUCCUAGACGCAGUGGAAACGUGCAUGGGGUAUUCACUAGAUUUCACACCCAACCGAGGGGGAGGGAUGAACUUUUGCUAUUUUUCUUUCCUUUUCCUUUGAUGAGAACAUGUAUAUUGUACAAAAUAUAUAUAUAUGAAAUAUAAAUUAUACAUGGUGUGAGGAGCAGGGAUGUGGUGGAGUAUAACAACAAAAAGGAAUGUUACACUCGUGCUACAGUUUCUGUCGUUCCAUGACAUGCUUUUGUGGACAGCUAAUAAAAGACCACAGGUUAAAUCAUA